AUGAGGCUGUUCAAGUCCAACAAGUCGCAGGCCUCUAUAGAAGAUCGUUUGGCAGGUUCUCGCGACAGCAGUCCUACUGAUCCCACAUACAAUCAACACGGCCAGCAGCUGCAGCAUCUUACGCAUCACCAACACCAACACCAGCCUCACCCCAGCGUCUACAGUGGAUCCCAGUUUGAUCACUCCCACUCUGACCGCUUGCAGCGCCAACAACAUCAGCAGCAGCAGCAGCAGCAGCAACAACAGUCUCAUCUUCCCCCUCCAUCAGAUCCUCAGUAUCAAGAUCUUCAGUCUCAAUCUCAAUCUCAUCCCCAACCUCCCCACCAUCCGAUUCGCAGCCAAAGCGGUCGCUCCCCCUCAACUGGCGACUUGUAUGGCGCACAACGGCCCAGUGUGAAUAUUGUUCCCCCGCUUUCACAACAACAAGCCAUCCCAGAAGGCCCAGCUCCCGUCCCUGGUCAAACUAGCUUUGGUCAAUCCAAAAACGUCCGUGUUAUUGAAGAGAAAGCCCACAAGAAAUCCAAGAGAAGCUUCAUCACCAGUCUCAUCAAAGACAAACCAAGGGACGAGGAGAGAGACCGCGAAAAGGACAAGGAAAACUCCUCUACAGAGCCGCCUCCACGCAAGGGCAUUGGCCGAUCAAGCUCAGUCCAUCUACUGAGAAAGUCACAGCCCGACAAUCCUCGCGAUUCUUACUCCCAGCAGAACUCUCCUCAGCAGUACAGCAAUCGACACUCUGUCUUCUACCAAUCUCCUGAUUCAUCUGCCCCUCCCCAGUCUGAAGAUCAGAUCUACGACCAGUACAACCGAGGGCCCUCUCAGGCACAAGGCUCAGGUCAAUACGACUCACCUCAGAGCCAGAACGCCCAUCAAUCUGUUGAUUACGUGGAGGACGCCCCGUCCUUCAGUCCUCAGCAGGAAUCAUAUCAGGCCUACCAUAUCUCACACUCAGCCAAUACUUCCGAACACUAUCUGCCUUACCAGGCUCAAAGUGCUGUACCCAACGAAGUCGGUACAGGCCUUUACUCACAUCUGCGUCCUCCCUCCCAGGCGUCCCUUGGACCUCCCUCUCCCAUCAUCAACGCCGGUCAAAUCGACUCACGUCCCUCCACCGGUGCCACUAAUACCAAUCGAUUCUCUUCUCAGUCAGCCAACCCACAACCUCCUCCUGCUCCUCCACAAGCCAUGGGCCGUGAUCGAGAUCGGGAUCGGGACCAAGGCAACGGCAGUCUGCGUCAACAGCUCUCUCAGCGAGACCCUCGAGCGGACGAACAUGCCCAGUAUCAGGGUCAGAGUCAGCAAGAUCCACGAGUGAGAAUGUCGCAACAAGUUUCGGAACAAGGUCGAAGCACUCCACCUCCCCGAACUCGAGAAGACAUCGGCCAAUUAGACUACCACCAGUUACUACAACGCCACGAAGAGCUUCAAGCAAAGUACUCCAAAGUUAAACGCUACUACUUUGAGCGUGAGGCCCAAGUGACCCAAUUGCAAAACACUGUUGCCAAUCAACGCCUUUCCAUGUCCAAGACUUCCCUAGAUGAUGCUCAAUACACUGCUCGGUUCGAGCGACUAAGCAAUGCCAUUAACAAUCUCGCUUUUAACAUCCGCAAAAACUGGCGUGCAGUGCCUCCAUGGCUGCGCCACGUCUGCAAUCAAGAUGCGCAUACCGUUGGGACCAAGGAGAUGACUGCAGUUGGCCGAGCAUGCAUCACUCGCUGGUUAUUUGAAAGCAUUUUUGAGCGUACUUUCCAUCCUGGUAUUGAUCCUGGCUUGUCUGCUCAACUAAAAAACGUCGAACGAAACCUUCGCCGCUCUGGGCAAGCCGGUCUACUCCUGACUGACGAACAGCGUGAUGACCUCACAACCAAGAUCACAACCUGGCGUCUUACCACUAUUGAAGGUCUGGGAGAUGUUUUGACGUCCCCACAAGCCGAGCAAUAUAUCGAGAAUCUCAAUAAGAUGUUUACCCAUCAGCUCACUGAAUCUCUGAAAGCCAAUCUUACCGACCCGCCUCCACCAGGUCUCUCUGAAGGGGUGGGCAUGAUCGUUGGUCAAGCUAUUGGAGUUGCUGCCAACAUUCCCCUGGAAUCUCGCGACAUCUGCAUUGAAUAUUUCAUGCCCGGCACACCUGUGAAUGAGACAUACAUGAAAAUCGAGCCUCAGAUGACACCAUUGACCAAUCCGGGCCCCGAUGAGCGCCUCCUCGCCAUGCAGCAAGCCCAGCAACAAGCCAUGCAGGAUGCGCAGGAUGCCGAAAGCACGGCCAGCACCGACGAUGGACCCCGUGACCGCGACGUUGAAGCCGAAAUUCGGGAAGCUGCAGGCAAGGCUGCCAGUCAAUCCACACAACAACCUGGUGGUCAAGGUGGAGGUCCCGGAGCUCAAUUAGAUCGACGCAAUGACUCUACGAGUUCUCAAGCCACAGUCAAAGGUUCUUCUGGUGACAGUAAAUCUAAGAAAUCAUCAUUCCUUGGUGGAUUCGUGUCUAAGAAGGCGCCACCCAACACUCGCAAUCCUCAAGUAGGGCAAGAUCGUGGUGAUACGGGAAGCAAUGCUUCAGGUGAUCGCGACAUUGAUCAGCAGCAGCAUCGUGGAACCGUCAGAGAAAGUAUGGCAGUCGACCCGAGCCAGUUGGGUGUACCACCACCGGGAGCAAACGAAGGCCGGAUCCGAUUUGCUGUAUUCCUGGCUAUUGAAGUCAGAUCCAAAGGUGCCGGCAACAAUGCAGAUCGACAAGCUGCCGGGAAAGAGCCUGGCAGUGCUGCAGCAGGCACAAAUAAAGAAAAUGCCGCCAACGUCUUGUUCAAGGCUCCGGUCUACGAGCAUUAA